UGAGCUUCCUGUGUAAAUAAGCGCUGCUGCUGCCGCUGGCGAGCUGCGCCCCGGGCUCGCGCCGCCAGGCUCCCGGGCACCGCGGCUGCCAGUCACGGCGGGGAGGCGGAUAGGGGACUCCUCCUCCUCGCGACCAAUAGGUCUGGGAGCGCGAGUCCUGUGGCAGUCCUGCAAAGUGUGAAGCUGUCAGCCGCAGAGCGCGGAGGAAGAGCGAGAGAAUGAAACGGCUCCUCGUUCCCGGUGCGCGCGAGGGAGGCUGCUGAGACGCCCGGCGGCCCGGGGAGCGCAGGUCUCCUGCCAGGGUCUGAGGAGACUGAAGAAGGCUGAAGACAGGCUGAUGGGCGCAGUUGGUAGGCUCCCCUGUCUCACCAUGACUGCCAAAAAUCCCACGCCUGGAGACCUGGCUUUGGCCCCCCUAGUCACUUGCAAACUCUGCCUGUGUGAACAGUCUCUGGAUAAGAUGACCACACUCCAGGAAUGCCGGUGCAUCUUUUGCACAGCUUGCCUGAAACAGUAUAUGCAGCUGGCAAUCCGAGAAGGAUGUGGAUCUCCCAUCACUUGCCCAGACAUGGUGUGUCUAAACCACGGGACCCUGCAGGAAGCUGAGAUUGCCUGUUUGGUACCUGUGGAUCAGUUCCAGCUUUAUCAGCGAUUAAAAUUUGAACGAGAAGUUCACCUGGACCCCCACCGGACAUGGUGUCCUGUCGCAGACUGUCAGACAGUGUGCCCUGUUGCAUCAAGUGACCCAGGACAGCCUGUGAUGGUGGAAUGCCCUUCUUGCCACCUGAAAUUCUGUUCAUGUUGCAAAGAUGCUUGGCACGCAGAUGUCUCCUGUAGAGACAGUCAACCUGUUGUCCUGCCAACAGAGCACAGGGCCCUCUUUGGGACAGACGCAGAAGCCCCCAUCAAGCAGUGCCCAGUUUGCCGGGUUUACAUAGAGCGCAAUGAAGGCUGUGCCCAGAUGAUGUGCAAGAACUGCAAGCACACGUUUUGCUGGUACUGUCUGCAGAACCUGGACAAUGACAUUUUCCUCAGACAUUAUGACAAAGGGCCAUGCAGGAAUAAACUCGGCCACUCGAGAGCGUCAGUGAUGUGGAACCGAACACAGGUGGUGGGGAUUCUUGUAGGCUUGGGCAUCAUUGCCUUGGUGACUUCACCUUUGUUACUCCUGGCCUCCCCGUGUAUAAUCUGUUGUGUCUGCAAGUCUUGUCGGGGCAAGAAGAAAAAGCACGACCCAUCUACAACCUAAAGAUCUCUGCAUUCACGUGCCACAGAUGUCUGAGUUACAUGAGACAGCACAGUGAUAAAGCCCCACUUAGUGAUCUUGCCUCCUUCUUCUUGCCAAACUUUGGAAGUGCCUCUGUGUCCAGACUUUGAACCUGCCUGCCAGCCUCUGGUGUGAGAAAAGGCCUGCCUUGGUGCAAGUUCCUGGGUAACAAGAACCGGGCUCUGCGGUCCAGGCUGUGUCUAUGGAGCAUGUUGGGAGCUCUGGGGUUGCUUGGGAGGAACUAACACAUUAUCAUUUUAUCAUCCAAAGGAUCCCACUGGACUUUCAAUUUCCAGCCAAAUUCAAGGAACCUGAGUGAGCAUUUGAUAUAAUAAAUGUGUUGUCAUGGUUGGCAACAUACACGGUUAACUGAGAAGCUAGAGUCUGUUCUGUGUUGAUUUGGCCACCAUGAGAAACACAAGGGAAACCCAGCGUAGGAGGGAAAAGAUAAGACUCCAAAAGGAGAAAUUCUCAGAGCUGUAAAGCAGGCUGCUUAUCUCAGGAGUCGAUAUGGUGGUUGUGCCUUGCUGGCUACUGGGCGUGCUGUUCCCGAUGUUCCCACAAUGACUUGGCAGAAGCACAAUAGGUUUCUCCUUGUGUGAUCUCAGCUUCAAGCAGGAGAAACUGCUGUGCACAGGGAGUUGUCCCUUCCCAGUAAAGGGUUGCAGUUUGUAAAACAAUAGGGUCUAAUUUAGUGUCUCUCUCUUGGCAAAUAAAACUUUUUCUAAGCUGUACAUCAUCUCUUACAGGUGGUAGCUGUGGUCUACAAAAUUGUUUCAUAUAAAAUGUGGGUAGAGUGCUAGAGGUUCAAAACCUUCAUUAUAGAUAACAGGGACCAUUCUUGGGCUCUGUUCACAUACCCAACAGAUUUGAAAUUGGACCUAAGAGUACACAUCUAGGGUUAAUAUUAAAGUCCAUAGGUACGUCUAAAAUCCAUAUGACUUACAGUACCUAGAAUUCCUAUCCAUUGGGCAUGCAUGGAUAUACCCAAUAGUAUACACAAAAUAAAGAUUUACUUAAAAGUCUUCUGUGACUAAAAUGGUUUAUUCUAAAUCACCUUAAAGAUUUUUUGCAUAUUAUAUAUGUGAAUUUUGGUUAUAAGUUCAUAACUUACCCAAGGAUAUAGACUCAUAAACAUAACUCUUUUAAACCAAUACUUACUAUGACAUCAUGCCAUCUCUGUUUGUAAAAACACUAAUCGAUAAUCAAGUUAUCUACAUGUUUUCAAACACAAAUCAGAGCAGCUCUAUUCUCGGCAUAAUUUAUUAUUGCUCUUUCAGCAUCUGUCAGGACAAUUGGAAUACUGUCGAUGUGUACAAGGCACUGAUAAAACAGCAACAAAGAUAUGUAAGAAAUAAAAUGCAAAUGCUUUAUAUAUUUUAAAUAGUUUGGAUUUAUAUCAUCUCGUUGUGGAUUUUUUUCCCAUUAUACUUUUAGUCAGAUUUGAAUAAAUGGGUUUUAAAAAGACAAACCUUUUUCUCCAAUGACAGGAUUGCAUAGUUGCCAUUAGCAAUGCAGCCUGGUGCUUCGUGACACCUACACUAAAUGUUUCUGGAGAGUUCUCCUUGAAGCCAGGGAUACCAUAUCAGGAACUAUCCGGGACUUCGAUAUUUUCUGAGGUAAUUGGGUAACUAGAUUAUUACCUUGCUGCUAUCCCGGAACUAUUAUUAAAGGAUGACGCUUUGCUUAUAUAAUGGGAUAUAUCCUAAGUGGGGAUGUGUAUAUUUAAGGAACUCUAAUUCACCUGUAUAUGUCGCUAUCUGAUGUAUGUGUAGUACAUCUAUUGGUCAUGUACAUUUUUAUUUACAAUUUGUAUAGGACAUAGAUGAGAACUUUGGGAAAAAUUUUGAAUGGCAACCAACCAAAAUCAUUUUAAAUCAUUUAUUAGAAAUUUCUUAAUAUUAAGUGUCUUUGUUUCCCUUUGAAACUCGAAACACUUCAGAAAAUAAAAACCUCUUCUAUCAGUGUAUUUCAUAUUAGUAUCAAUGUAAGUGUACAUAUAUUUGAAUAGUUAAUUUGCUUUGUUUUACACAUAGCCUACUGCCUCACUGCAGGUAAAGGGCAUUUAUAACUGCUCAGGGGAUCACAGGAACUGAACUGAAAUUGAAUUUUUGUAACAAGAAUGUCAGUAGUGGCAAUGGACUUCUCCAUUAGUAAACUCUCUAAGUUUGGUUCCACAAACAAUCUUUAAACAGGGGCUGAUUUCAAGCAACCUAAAAUGCUGUGUUAUCAAAAGAAAAGGUCCCAAAUUUGGAGUAAAGGUGGAAGAAAAUAUCUAUGCUAUUUCCUUGGCAAAUUGAAGAAAUUUGCCUUCGCACAGAGAUAUAACAGAAUUAGCUACUUUUGGGGAGUAGGGCAGGAUUCGGGAGUGUGGGUUUUUUUCCAAACUGAUUUUAAAUAACUGGAUUCAAUUUUUUUUUUUUUUAAUAUUGAAAAGUGCCUGAAAAAUGGUAACUUCUUCCUUAAAUAGCUAAAUGUGUGUGAGAUUGUCAGAAUCAACAGGGACAGGUUGAUAGGUUAAAUCCAAACAUAUCUCUUGUGCAUCAAAGGGCGUGAUGAAAGCCGACCCAGAGGCUUUGUUUACAAAGGAGAGAGUUGACAACUUUGAUAACAGAGGCUGAUAUUUUGGGUUUGGAUAAAUAGCCAAUGAAAGAGUUUAACCUUGUCUCCUUUCCCUGUCUGCCAGGUUUAUUCUUUCCUGGUAAUUCUUUCUAUAUUAGAAGGAAAUAAGGGUCUACAUAAGGAUGUUGGGAGAUUGUGGCAAAAAAUCUAUUUGUGUUUGGAGUGGUAUAGGCCAUUUGAAAUAGAAUUCAAAAGUCCUCCACCAACUUGUAACCUGGGUGUGAUGACCCACUAUCCGGAUAUACUGUGGGAUAUAUUGGCACAACAUCUAGCCAUUGCCCCCCAUCUAGGAAAUUUUCUCCUGUUGCUAGGUAGGGAAGUGAGGAAGGAAAUGUUAGAAUCUUAGGCAUCCUAUUUGUUCAUGCCAUGGGUAUUUGCUUUGGACUUCAAAUCUGUACUUUGAAAGAGGCCUUUGAAAAAACAAAUAAUUCAGUGUGAAUUUUCUUGUGGCUUGCAUCAUGAAAAUCGUACCUACCCAGGUUUGCAAAUCUACAUGUUUGUUUGAAUGUAAAUCACUGUUUCUAGGAAACCCACAUUUUUUCUUAAAAAUUAUUCAGAAUCUAAAUAUGUUUUACUUUAGCCUUCCCUACACAGUGCUUCUAAAAGACUUUUCUUUCUGUUCAUGAAUAGAUGCCUUUCUGUGUAUAGAAUCAUGUCUGUAUGUGUAGUUUUAAGGUCAAUUUCAGAAAUGCCUUAGAUGAAUGACAUUUUAUAAAGUUGUCAUCUCAUGUUGAUUCAUGAUCCAGGAAGUUUUGUUAUGUAUUUAAGAAAGUGCUAUUAUGUUACAUUUUUCCAGUUCUUUGGGAGGAAAACAGCUGUUUUAGUCUCUCUAGCCCCAAUAAAUGUGAGCAGGAAAUCAAGUGUGUUAACCUUUGUUGUGCUGCACAAUUCUAGACACAUUCAACUUUAUCCUCUAAGAACCAGCCAAAUCACUAUUAAAUCCUAGGUUCAGAAUUUGAAAAAUGUUACCAGAAUUUGCAAUGCUAUCUAUGGAAAUAAUGCUUGCUACUUUAUUUCUUAAAAGAAAUGAGGGCAAGUGUAAUAAUGCCUUUAUUUGUUGCAGACUUUCUUAUUGUAUGUGUGAUAUUCCACACUGCCAGUGCACAGGAAUUGAUCAUUAUCCAGAGAAAUAACAAUGCAAAAUUCUAAUACAAAAUGCUGCCAGGUGUCAAAUCCAUUAGUUCUGUAAAAUGAAGGUUGGACUAAAUGCUUUCUAAGGUCAGUUCCAAAAAGUCUGUUAGAGGAAUGUGUUUUUUUGUUAUAGGAGUUUUAAGAAAGGAUUUAGAUUAGAGUGUUAAGGUCAUUUCCAUUUGAUUAGUAUUCAAGGCCGGACUCCCUUGCCUAAAGUUGAGUGCCAGGAGCUAGUUAACAAUUAGAACUUGUGUUUCUGCAAAACCAAAAGCUCUGUACUGGUGUCAAUGCCUUUUUAUUGAAUGUUAUGUGCUUCUAAAAUGAUACCUUAGUACAAAGGUUUACAAUUGACUUACAAUUCAAAUUUCAUUUUCUAACCAUUCAGUUUGGAAGAAAUCAAUAUGAUCGUUUAAAAACAUUUUUGCGUUAUGGUUUGUUAAUUUUCCUAAUCAUCUCCUAGAAUGUCAACAUUGUUUCAUUUUUAAGUGUGCUUAUUGUGUACUAAAACUUGAAUUUGCAUUCCCAAAGAAAUAGUGAGUGAACCAUUUUAUAUAGCCGUGAUUUUAAUCAAUGCCCUAACCAGCAAACUUGUUGCAAUGUAAAUUAUGAAUCCAGUGAUUUGGAGGAGCCUAAUUAGAUUUUUUGGUAAUUAAUUUUAUUUGUUAGAUAGUAAAUCUAAUUUUUCCUUAGACCCUAAAGAUAAUAUAAUUAUAACAGAUGAAUUUCUUCAAAUAAUUUGUUAAUAGCAAUUCUAAUAUGUUCAUAUAUUUUUACAUAAACUAUUUAAAGGACUUUUAAGACCAAUCCUUUGAGAUAAAAUGAGCAGAUGUUAGAUUGAUUUCAUAGAGAAAGCAAUGUUUUGAGUUCAUAUCUUGCCAAAGGUCAUAGUACUGAUGAGUUUCAGCCAGAAAAAGAAUGCUGGCUUGAAAGUACUUUAAUGCUAUUACAUCAGUCGGUAAUUCCUAGCCUGCCUUCACUCCCAAAUCUGCGAGUCCCAAGGGAACUCACUCCCCUCUCAAUUUAUCUGCAUCACUGGAGGUAAAUGUAAGAGAAUAAUUUAUUAUUCCAAAUCAUCCUUUAGAGUCUGUGUUUUGGUGUGUCUGACAGCAAAGGGCAGAUGAGCACCUCCAAAGGUCAAUCCCUGUUGCUCCCUGGGGUUCAGCUGGAGAAGGGCAGGGCACGGAGGGUGACUCAUUAAAGAAAUAACAAGGUGGGGUGCAUCCAACUUGCUAAUGUUGGAAGCACAAUUAUAGCUGAAUCUAUAUACUUAGUCCAAAUGCCAAAGUGCUUGCCUCUCCCUUACAAAUACAAAUUUCAUUCUCACAGGUUCCUUUUGAUGUUUACAAUCAAGACUCAAAGCAAUCGUUAACUCAGAUCCAAAUCCUUUCCUAUGUUAUUAACAUUACCAGCUUGUACUCGAAUAUGUGUUCGUGGCCUAUCAUUAAAUACAUCAACUGAUGGGCAAUUUCAAAAGCUAGGAAUGGGGCUCUAAAUAAAGCGUUUAAUUUCUGAUGUGUCUAAUAAAGAGAUUGUGCUUCGAAUUCUA